UCCUCGCUGUUCCUCCGAAACACCUCCUCAUCCAAACAUGCCAUAGUUUAUCCAGAUUUGUGCACUUUUUUUUUUUAUUAAAUCAAACCCUCUAGUGUAUGUAGCCGCUCCGUCUUCACUUUUUUUUCUCAGGGACGCGCGACUCCAGGGGGGGCAACAGGUGUUCUGUCGGUGCAAACAGGGUGUCCUCUCCAUCGCCAAGUCAUGUCUGCUGAUUCCCUGCAGCGGCUCAGCACCUUGACCCUGAGCGUCAAGCACCUCGGCCGCUUCCCUCGCCUCUCAGACCUCAUCCCGUCCUCUCUGCCGUCGCCCAGCCCCACCGUCACCGUCUCCCAGGUCCCCAGCCUCUUCCGAGAGCCCUACAUUCUGUCAGGCUACCGUCCCAUCCGGCAAGACUGGCGCUGCUACCUCUUCAGCAUCUUCCAGCGGCACAACGAGUCCCUGAACGUGUGGACUCACUUGCUGGCCGGUCCUGUGCUGCUGCUUCGUUGGUGGGCCAAUGUCAGCGCCCUGGGGUUCACCCUGGACGCAGCCUUUCUACCUCUGUGCCUCUUCUUGGUGUCGGCGCUCAGCUACCUGUGCCUCAGCGUGGCAGCUCACCUCCUGCAGUCUCACUCCGAACACGCGCACUACUUCUUCUUCUUCCUGGACUAUGUUGGUGUAGCCGUUUACCAGUACGGUUGCUCACUUGGUCAUUAUUUCUACACGUCGGAGCCGGCUUGGAGAGAAAGCGUCGGACUGCUGUUUCUACCCGGAGCCGCCUUCUUUGGGUGGCUCUCCUGCGCCGGCUGCUGUUUUGCCAAGUCCAGGUACAGACGGCCAUAUCCACUGCGGCGUAAAAUCUGCCAGCUGAUCCCCACCAGCCUGGCGUAUCUGCUGGACAUCAGCCCUGUAGUCCACCGCCUGCUUGCCGUCUCCUGGACGCAGGAGCCCUCGCAGCCCUUCCACGCCCUGCAGAUCGCCACCUUCCUGCUGUCCGUCAUCUUCUUCUCCUGCCCCAUCCCCGAGCGCUUCUUCCCAGGCCAGUGUGACUUUGUGGGCCAAGGUCACCAGAUCUUUCACCUGUUUCUGUCCCUGUGUACCGUGUUCCAGCUGGAGGCUCUGUUCCAGGACUACGCCAGGCGGAGGGAUACAGUGGUGGAAGUAUUUGGAGAAAGGCAGCUGUGGUGGGCUUGUGCAUCCUUCCCCGUCUUGUUCAUGUGCUGCCUCCUGACGGCACUGAUCACAAUGAGGCACGUGAACAAGGAUCUGCAGAGUAAACAAGAGAGGGAAAAGUGUUCAUAAAGGGGGUUGAGUUUACAUGUACCAAAUAAUAUUAAUAUAAUACUAAUUAUGAAAUGAAGCCAUCCGUCUAUGGUUUUGUUUAAAAGUUUACCAUCUGUAUGAGAAAAAUAUGAUUACUUAAAAGUAUUUGAACAAUAAAAUAAUGUGAAACUGCU